AAUCAUGCAGUCAACUCAACUACUAAACAGGCCACUGACUCACUGCCUCUGGAGUCAUCUGAGUCAGUUUCGAUUGCUUCUUCGGGCUUCAGUUCGAUCCCCUUAUGGCUCUCUUCACCUCUAACCAAGGAACAUUGUUUCACUACUGCUCCACGAUUUCGCGAACACGUGCGAUACCUGGUAACGCAGUACAGGCAGUGUCAACCAUUGACAGGGGAAUGGCCUAGUGACGCUCCAAGCGUCUUUAGCCUUUCCAAUCAGCUUUUUCCAGAGGCAGGAAUAUCAACUGUUCGCUGGCCAAAGCGUCGGGAAAUUGAUUCAGAUUCGAAAUUAACCGAAGCUGAGCAGGUUGCAAAAUACCACAAGGAAGAGAAGAAGUACGAUUGUGAAACAGAUAAAAAAGAUGUUACGGAGUGUUGGGCAAAAGAGAGAAAUGGUGAUACCAACUACCAUGCACAAAACUCAAUUUUCUCUGAUGGUGCCGAUGCAAAAGUCUUGUCCUCAAAAAGUGCAAAGAAAUUAGCCCAGAAAACUAAACAUCAUCGUCUGGUGUUCGGGCACCUCUACUCACCAGAAAAUUCCUUUUCUGUAAGUUAA